CUGUGGGUCACGACUCAAAAGUGAUUCAUGGCAGGGGACGUGGAAGGGUUUAGCUCCUCCAUCCAUGACACCAGCGUCUCUGCUGGGUUCAGAGCACUGUAUGAGGAAGGAUUGCUUCUUGAUGUCACUCUUGUCAUUGAAGACCACCAGUUUCAGGCACACAAAGCACUGCUUGCCACCCAAAGUGAUUACUUCAGGAUUAUGUUCACAGCAGACAUGCGGGAACGUGAUCAGGACAAAAUCCAUUUGAAAGGUCUCACUGCCACAGGCUUCAGCCAUGUUCUCCAAUUCAUGUACUAUGGAACUAUUGAACUGAGUAUGAACACUGUUCAUGAGAUUCUGCAGGCUGCCAUGUAUGUUCAGCUUAUAGAGGUGGUGAAGUUCUGCUGCUCUUUUCUCUUAGCAAAAAUCUGCUUAGAAAACUGUGCAGAAAUUAUGAGACUCUUAGAUGAUUUUGGUGUAAACAUUGAGGGAGUCAGAGAAAAGUUGGACUCCUUUCUGUUAGAAAAUUUUGUGCCACUCAUGUCCCGACCCGAUUUCCUGUCAUAUCUGACCUUUGAAAAGCUCAUGUCUUACUUGGAUAAUGAUCAUCUGAGCAGGUUUCCAGAGAUAGAACUGUACGAGGCUGUUCAGGCUUGGCUGCGGCAUGAUAGAAGACGCUGGAGGCAUACGGACACCAUCAUUCAGAACAUCAGGUUUUGUUUGAUGACACCAUCCAGUGUUUUUGAGAAGGUAAAAACAUCAGAAUUUUAUCGAUACUCCCGGCAGCUGCGACACGAGGUUGACCAAGCCAUGAAUUACUUUCAUAAUGCUCACCAACAGCCUUUGAUGGAAAUGAAAUCCAACAGAAUUCGUUCUGCCAAACCGCAGACUGCAGUAUUUAGAGGAAUGAUAGGACACAGUAUGGUAAAUAGCAAAAUUCUUCUCUUGCACAAACCAAGGGUCUGGUGGGAGCUAGAAGGUCCUCAAGUACCUUUGCGACCAGACUGUCUUGCUAUUGUCAAUAACUUUGUGUUCUUGUUAGGCGGGGAAGAACUGGGGCCCGAUGGUGAGUUUCAUGCUUCAUCCAAAGUAUUUAGAUAUGACCCAAGACAAAAUGCUUGGUUGCGAAUGGCAGACAUGUCUGUUCCACGUUCAGAGUUUGCUGUUGGCGUUAUUGGGAGAUACAUUUAUGCAGUGGCUGGGCGAACUAGGGAUGAAACAUUUUAUUCGACUGAGCGGUAUGAUAUCACUGAAGACAAGUGGGAAUUUGUGGAUCCCUAUCCAGUCAAUAAAUACGGACAUGAAGGAACUGUGCUGACUAACAAAUUGUACAUCACCGGUGGAAUUACAUCAUCUUCAACUUCUAAACAAGUGUGUGUGUUUGACCCAAGUAAGGAAGGGACGGUGGAACAGCGAACAAGGAGAACUCAAGUAGUCACUAACUGUUGGGAGAACAAAUGCAAAAUGAAUUAUGCAAGGUGCUUUCACAAAAUGAUUUCCUAUAAUGGUAAGCUCUAUGUCUUUGGUGGUGUCUGUGUGAUCCUGAGGGCCUCCUUUGAGUCUCAGGGGUGUCCCUCUACAGAGGUUUAUGACCCAGACACUGAUCAGUGGACUAUUUUGGCUUCUAUGCCAAUUGGUCGGAGUGGUCAUGGUGUAGCUGUUUUGGACAAACAGAUAAUGGUUCUUGGAGGCCUCUGUUACAAUGGUCAUUACAGUGAUUCAAUUCUCACCUUUGAUCCAGAGGAAAAUAAAUGGAAAGAAGAUGAAUACCCCCGGAUGCCCUGCAAGCUGGAUGGCUUACAAGUGUGCAGCUUGCACUUUCCUGAAUAUGUACUGGAGCAUGUUAGACGUUGCAGCUAAAACAAAGCAAAAAAGCCCAAUACAAAAAUUAUUCUUUAUUUGACAGGGAAUUGAAGCAGAUUUAUAUCUUUUGAAGACAUUCGUUUGUAAACAUCUAUUAAGUGCGUAGAGAAAUGGGAUAUACAGGGAAAGCAUCUACCACAUGGAUUAGAAAUGCUAAUAACUGGUCUGGUAUUGUGAAAGGUUUGUUUUUUAAACCUACAUCAUUAGUUUAUGUAGGGGGAAAGGAGAAAAAUGUAUUUUUCAAUGUGCUUACUUUUUCUUCCUCUUUCUUUGUGGCCUUUUAUGCCCAUGCAAUAAGUUCGUUCUGUUUGAUGGCCAUCACAGAAUCAUGCUUCUGGAACCAAUUGACUAUAGUGAGCCAUUUAUGGGAAGGGGGACAGGGAGAGGAUAGAUAUUGUGUGUUUUUAUUUUCUUAUUUUAUUAAGUGUCAAAAUAGGAUUCAGCAGCCUUACAAAGGAAAGACUUAACUUAAAAAGGAGUGAAAAUACUCUCAUUUUGUUCAUGUAAGCUGUCUUUAACCAUUUUCCUGCCAUUUGACUAUUUGCAGCCCAGUUAGACUAUCAUUUUUUCCUCCAUAAAUACAUUUAAAAAUGGUCUUAACCUUUUUGCAUGGCUUUUUCUGGUUUUGUGUAGCAGUACCAGUAAGUCUGUCAAAAUGCAAAUGAUACACUUUUCUACUAAAUUGAAAAUGAAACACUUCUUUUUAUACUUAAAACACUCUUUCUAUGCUGCCUUCUAUCGUCUGCAUUGUGUUUGUUGGUGCGUAAAAUAUAUACACACACGCAUACACUUUUAAGAUCUAUAUAUAAUGCAUCUUUUUAUGUGCAGGUAGGAUAUUAUAUUUUAACUAGUGCACAGAUUCAGCCAUAUCUGGUGAAUUUUAGAUAUAGUAGUAUCCUUUAAUGAAUUAAAUAUUGACAAAAUUCUUAAAUUACUGGAGGCCUCGUUUGGUAUCAAAGUAGCUUAUCUUUAGUAUAUACUAAGUGAUUCAGUCACACAUAAAAUCUUUAUAAUAAUGAUGCAUAAUGAGCUGUUAACAAUUUGACAUUUUAUAGGUUAUUUUUAAAAAAUAAAUGUCUUACUCAAGUUUCAGUCCUUCGAUUUUGAACAUUGCCCAUUUUUAAUAGAAAUCAGAGAUGUAUUAGUAAGCAUGAACAAUCCUUCGUUAAUGUCCAGUUAUUUUCAAAACUGAAUAUAGUAUAAUUUGUUCUUAACAAUGGCAUUGCUUGUAAUGGUAUUGAAGCAACAAAAUCUUUUUUUCUUUUUGGCCCCAGUUGUCCACCUACAUGAGCUAUCUUGUUUUUAAAACAUAGAGUUUGGUAAUUGGACACCAUCUACCCUUUCUGAUCCUUUUUACAAGCCAAUCUACAAAACUGUAGAUGCUGACUUUAUCUCCCCUGAAUUGAGAUUCGUGAUUCAGAGGAGCUUAAGUAACUGUAGCACGUUGCAGCACUUUUUUAACUUGUUUGAUUUUUGCUGACAGAUGGGUGAGAAUAUCCACAAGUAUAAACAUGGUUAAAAAGUUCAAAUCCUAAAUCAUCUGCGCUGGUGUGAAAUAAGCAUCUCCUAGAAUCAAGAGGAAAAAUAUUGGCCCUGAGAAGUUCAAGGCUAACAUCAACCUCAGAUAUACAGAUGCAAACUGCUGAGAUAAACACCUACGUAACUUGUGAAGUAUUAUGUUUGUGCGCUUCAUGUAAGCAGUAGAUUUUACAAGAUAGUGAGUAUAAUGGUUGAGAAUUAAUUUUUAUUUUAGCAUCUCCCAACCAGAAGUCACUGUAGAAAAGGAAUGUACAGUACUCAGGGAGUUCAAAGCAAUGCACUUACAAGGGACCAAAUACACCCCAAAUUUACUGUGGUAAAAUGCAACUAGUUUUAUUUGGCUAGACUAAAUUAGAAAUGGCUAAUGGAAAUAAACCUAUUUUGUGAUGGGUACUAUGCUUACCUUUAAUGUUAUCUUUUGUUUCCUUGUAAUAAUAUUUUUUCCAAGCUUUCAGUUUAAGAUAUGUGAGGAUAUGGAGAUAUACAUGGCAAAUUUGCAGAUUUUACUUUAUUUUUUUAAUUUGCACUGAUUCUACAAAAUAGAAUUAUUUCUAUAGUAUUUCAUUGAAAGAGAGAGGAUACACAACUAUAGUUGCAAUGUUAAAAGUUGUCUAAGCCAACCUUUGGCUGGACCAAAUGUUGACAUCCAGUCUUCCAAUAUAGACUAAGGCCUACAGUUAAAUGUAAAUAUCUGCUUUUUGUUAUCCAGUAUUUCCCAGUUUCCAAAAUGUGAGUUGUAAUUUGUUCUUCUCAAAAAUAUUAUUUUUUUGGCAUAUAUCAAAGCUCCCAUCUUUCCACGAAAUUUAUGCAGAGGGUGCCGUGCUUGGGUAUAAAGGUCCACUGGUAUCAGUAGGGCUCUAAGCUUGUAUGCAGGUGCCUACAUUCAUCUAACUGAAGAAUCGAGGCUCAAGAAAUGUUAUCUCAUAUUUUCCCCCGGUUCUUGCUCCUGCUAUAAGUAGGCCAUUUCCUAAUGUGUUAAAUAUAUUAAGUAGCAAAGAAUAAUUCUGCUUCCUAGUUAGGUUUGUCAUGAAUCCCUUAAUGUAUAGUCCCUUUAUGAAUAAUAUGGCCUACUUGACCCUGUUCAUCUUGGGGUGAUCUGGGGAAUUGGUGUGGUUCUAGAAAUUUGGUCUUUUGUGAGUCCAGUAUAUUAGAAUAAAGAGAAAUGGCCAAGAUUGUUGAAUGGAUAUAUAGGGUUAUGUUCCUGAGUCUGUGUUUAAGCACUUGCUUAAGUAGCCAGAUCCUGUAGAGUCCUGAGAAGCCAUCAGUACCCACUAGAGUUGAAAGGGAAUUCACUUUUGAAAACCAGAGCAUAUAUGUAGGUGAUGUGUUUUAAUUAAAUCUAGGCUUAAUUUGAGGCACCAGAUUUUGAAAAUUCUGCUCAAGGCUAGUAAAACUAAUCCUGUAAAAUCCUAACUUGAACUACCUUGGCUUCAGCUUCACUGAAAUUGUCUCAACUAAGGUGCUGGCUGUAACUAUUUGAGCAUUAGGAAUGACUGGAACUGCUAGAUUUCAGAAUGGAUGGGAUAUGUAAGACUGUUAUGUUGUAUUUUACCAUGCUUAUUAUUUCAAACAUCGAAUAUGUAAUUAACUCGCAUUUUUUUUAAUUAUGUAGCUUUUGAAAAGGAUUUAUUUUUAUUACAUUAUGGUAUCGCUCGGAGAGAAGUUUUCUUUUCCCAGUGAAACAUUCUGU